AUGGGGCCACGAAGUGGACGGAGGGAUAGGCCUACUGACAGUGGGAGGAGGCUGGACUCCGAGCCGAGAACAAUCACCCAUCGCCGGGUGUGAGACUGCCUUGUUCGUCGCCUGCACUGAAAUGGCCAAUCCACAAUCGCAACAUUGUAACAGGCAUGUUGCAAUUAUUUGGUGCCUUCGUUUAAAACUGUAACAAUGUAACAUUCUCUUGUAGGCUCCAAGUGCAGAUAGCUAGUUAAUUUAUACAUUUUGUUAAACUGUCUGGCCCUGACUAUCAGACUGAUGCUUUUCCAUUAUGUACGUCGUUGUCUUUCUUCCCUGGCCCACAUAGCCUACGUGCAUGGCGUUGCGCUUGUGUCCCCCAUUUCUAGAUUUGGAAACACCAGCUAGUUAUCCAGAUACCAGCAAGCGAGAAUUAGGCUACACUUGGUCAAUGAAUCCAUCCAGAGAUGACAGAAGGUGUGGUCUUCAAACUCACUACAUAGUUGACCCAUAUAGGAAGUCUUCACUCAUGAGUUUUUAUUGGGAUGCUUUGGUAUUUUCUCCUACAGCAGCAGCCAAUGCUGUCUGUGUCGACUGUUAUAUCACACACUGACAAUAAUGAUUAGGGUGAACGGUCUGAUUUUAGAUCUGUGGUCAGAGGGAAAUGGCUAACACACACACACACACACACACACACACACACACACACACACACACACGCACACACAUACACAGAGAGUUUGGUACUGUGUCAGUGCAUAGAGGAGUCAUUGAACCCACCCAGUCUGGACAAUACAGCUCACUGUUCCAUCUUCACCAUUGACUUUCCCCACUGAGACUGCAGCAGGGGAGAAGGAGAGGGGAGAGGGAAAGAAAUAGAGAGAGGGAGGGCACUGUAGAAUAAAGGGGUCUGAAUAUUAUUUUGUUAAAGGCUUACUUGUGCUUGGUGUUGAAUGUCAACACAAAGCCUUCUCUUCUUGGAUAAUAAUUUUCUAAAUCAAAUAAAAUGUUAUUUGUCACAUGCUUAGUAAACAACAAGUGUAGACUAAAAGUGAAAUUCUUACUUUUGGGCCCUUCCCAACAAUGCAGAGAGAAAAAUAUAAAAAUGAUAACACAAGGAAUAAAUACACAAUGAUUGGCUAUAUACAUUUACAUUUACAUUUUAGUCAUUUAGCAGACGCUCUUAUCCAGAGCGACUUACAGGAGCAAUUAGGGUUAAGUGCCUUGCUCAAGGGCACAUUAACGUCAUUUAGCAGACGCUCUUAGCCAGAGCGACUCGCAAAUUGGUGCGUUCACCCUAUAGCCAGUGGGAUAACCACUUUACAAUUUGGGGGGGGCAACGAACGGGUACCAGUACCAAGUCGGUGUACCAGUACCUACUAGUGCUGAGUAGGUAUUAUUGAUUUUAAAAAGCCUUUAUUUGAAUAGGCAUAUCACUGACGCUUUAUGACAACACAUAUGUUGACACAGAAUAACAAUGUAAUAGAGAUGCUAUGCGUCUAGUACAGUGUUUCUCAAUCCUGGUCCUGGGGACCCAAAGUGGUGCACAGUUUUGUUUUUGCCCUAGCACUAUGAUUCCAUUAAUCAAAGGCUUGAUGAGUUGCUUAGUUGAAUCAGGUGUCUGAGAGCUGGAGCAAAAACUAAAAUGUGCACCCAUUUGGAUCCCCAGGACCAGGCUUGGAAAACACUGGUGUAGUAAGUUAACAUUCAUGUUUGAGGUUGGACUGAUUCCAAUCUCUGAGAAGUGGACUGCUCAUCUCCCUCUCUCUGAGUCAUGGGGUGUUUUUGGGAUAACUAAGCCUCCCAGGUGUGCAGACAGACAGACCUUGAAAUCCUCACAGCAGCCCUCCAUGCCCCUCAUACUGUAACCCUGUUUCCCUAUAAGCUGCUUUAGAGGGGAGAGGAGAGCGUGGCGUGUGUGUUUGUGUAACAUGCUGGGAGAUGGAUUAUAACAGUGUACUACAUGGCCAGACAUCAUGGACCCUCUCCAGACACCAAAUGACUGCUGGCUCACAGUACAGGUUGCUGCAUGGGGCAGCAGAUUAGGGGUGUGUGUGUGUGUACGUACCCACAUGUGGGUGUGCCAGCGCUUUUUAAGCCCUGACCUGCUUCUGAUGGGUGUGUGUAUGCUGUGUGUUUGGCGGAGAGUCCACUUUGCGCAUGUGUGUAUGUUUUGGCCCAUAUGUGGGUACCAGCUUCCGAUGAGUGUGUUUGGCAGAUGAUUGUAUACUGUUUGGUGUGUGUGUGGGUACUGUGUGUGUGCGUGUUAAUGUUGUUUUCUUGGAAUUAUUCUAUGGGCAAUUCCACGGUAACGGUGAUGCUGAGACUCAGAUUAUUCACUUUAAAAUGCAUGCCCAACAAAAAACACUGAUUGCUAAACAAACCACACAACUAUGGUUUGGACUACUUUGAAUAAUAUCCACAGAAAAUUGUACAAAAACACUUUUACUUGAAGAACAGUGCAGAUGCAAAGUUCAUUAACAGAAUGACCAGCAGCACAAACAGUCAUUCUGUUACCAAACUUUGCAUCUGCACUCUUCUUCAAGUACAUGUGUCUUUAUGUCUUCAGACUGUUUGGAGCCAUGUCACACACACGCUGUGCAGCCGUUAGCUGACCCUUCACUCCUGACCUGUUGACCACAGGAAGUGACCCUAAGAGUUUCCACACCCCCUGUAGUCAUCGAUCCAGUUAGAGUACUUUUGAAAUGCACCCUUCCUCCCUUCCUUGGAGUGGCCACUGAUCUGCUAUUCUGGAGAAGUAAAAGCCAUAUAGUGGAACUCCUGAUUUCACCUACUGGUUCUAUCAUGUCAGGUCUGGGGUUGCCUUAAGGGCCACAGUGAAACCAGUCUUUAUGCGUUCAGCUCUGAUUAGGCCAUAAUGGUGGAAACAUUGUGUCAAUAAACCACAGUGGAGCAUAGUUUGAGGUCACUUUCACGUUUUUCUGCACACAUUAUUUGACACCCAAAACCUUCUCACAAUCAUUGAAUGUGUGUAUGUAAUAUUUUCCUUUGCUGGGAAUAAAAGCUUCAUAUUGUUGAAGUUCUGUAUGAGAGGAGGGUUGGCUGCUUUCAGAUCACUACCUCUAUGGGACAGUGGAGGAAUAUAAGACUGGACUGUAACUCUGGAAGGAGCACAUUGUAUGCAUGCCAUGCACACACACACACAUUCUCUCAGGGCAUAGCCUGUCUGUAAUCAGAGCGGAAGACAAAAGGAAGACAGUAACCACUGCACAGGGAGGGAGAGAUGAAGCGAGGGAGGGAGAAAUGGAGAUGGAGGGGGAGAUUGAGAGAUGGUGAGAGGGGGAGAGAGUGAUGUACAUGAACAGACAUUUUACAGGGAGAGAAUGAAACAACAAUAAUCCAAUUCACUCCACAGGCACAUUAAACUCCACUCUAUCUACUCAACCCCUUUAGUUUACAGUAGUUUGUGAAGCUGUCUGUAUGCUACUGUCUUAUUUUGAUAGCUUCUGAUAGUGAAUAUGGGUUCUAUUGAUUGGCAUUGGCAGGCCUUGUGAUGACCCAGCUCCAGUGCUGUCCAAUUGAGUAAAUAUUUUUUCCCCGAGUACUUUUGGGCAUGUCUCCACGUAUUUUAGUUUUGGCACUAACACCAUGUCACACACAGGAAUGAUGUGCGCGCACAGAAACACACACACACACACACACACACACACACACACACACACACACACACACACACACACACACACACACACACACACACACACACACACACCAGUGGCGGCUGGUGGGAGGAGCUAUAGGAGGAUGGGCUCAUUGUAAUAGCUGGAAUGGAAUAAAUGGAACGGUAUCAAAUACAUAAAACAUAUGGAAACCACAUAUUUGACUCCGUUCCAUUAAUUCCAUUCCAGUAUUACAAUGAGCCCAUCCUCCUAUAGCUCCGCUCACCAGCCUCCACUGACCCGUCUUUCUCUCGUCUCCCAGCCGUUUGAGCCCAGCGAUCUGCUCCUAGGACUGAACUUCUCCAAGAUACUCAGCAGUCUGGUGGCUCUCAACAAAGUGACUGCAGGUUAGUCUGAAGUGUGUGUUUGUGUGCAUGUGCGCAGCCCGUGUGAGUAUGUGUGUGCAGUAUAACCAUUCUAUUUUAUGUGUGUGUGUGUGUGUAUAUAUACAGUAACUGCUCUAUUCGUUAUCUCUAGACAUUGGAGUGGGCAGUGACAGUGUGUGUGCCCGUCACUCGUCGGCCCAUCGGAUCAAGUCGUUUGAGUCUCUGGCCUCCCAGUCAUCACUGGGUCGAUCCUCCAAGCUGCUUCAGAACCAGUACCGCAGCCUGGUGAGACACACACAUACACACACACACCAGCCUUAGUGCUGAAGCCCAACUUCUGAAAUGUCUAUCUCAAAGUGCAUCUAUGUCAAAUGGAGAUUUGUGUGGGCUUAUCGUGUAGUCAGUAUUCCCCUCCCCCUCUCUACCUCCCUACCUCCCACUCUCUACUCCCCUACCUCCCCCUCUCUACCUCCCUACCUACCUCUCCCUCUCGAUCUACCUCCCUACCUCCCCCCCUCUGCCUCCCUACCUCCCCCUCUCUACCUCCCUACCUUCCCCUCUCUGCCUCCCUACCUCCCCCUCUCUGCCUCCCUUCCUCCCCCUCUGUACCUCCCUCCUCACCUCUCUACCUCUCUUAUAGGACAUGUCUGAGGGCAGCGGGACGCAGCUAUUGGUCAAGGCUCGCUUCAACUUUGAACAGACCAAUGAGGACGAGCUGUCCUUCAACAAGGGUGAUGUCAUCAACGUGACACGCCAGGAGGAGGGCGGCUGGUGGGAGGGGAACCUCAACGGCAAGACCGGCUGGUUCCCUAGCAACUAUGUCCGUGAGAUCAAAGGCUGUGGUAUGUAUCCCUUAUUAUAAACUGUGUGGUUCGAGCCCUGAAUGCUGAUUGGCUGACAGCCGUGGUAAACCACGGGUAUGACAAAGCAUUUAUUUUUACUGCUUUAAUUACGUUGGUAACCAGUUUAUAAUAGCAAUAAGGCACCUCUGGGGUUUGUGAUAUAUGGCCAGUAUACCACGGCUAAGGGCUGUAUCCAGGCACGCGUUGCGUCGUGCAUAAGAACAGCCCUUAGCCGUGGUAUAUUGUCCAUAUACCACACCCCCUCGUGCCUUAUUGCUUAAUUAUUCUUGCUACUGAACAUCACAUAACCCAGGAAUAUCAGAAAGGACAUGAAGGAAAUGGAUGGUGUCUGAUGGAGAGAAAUAUCUAAUUUCUCUCUCUCUCCCCCUCUCCCUCUCAGACAAACAAGUGUCCCCCAAAUCUGGGACCCUCAAGAGCCCCCCAAAAGGCGUUGACACUACGGCCAUUAGCAAGACCUACUACAACCUGGUAAGACCUGGUCAUCCAAUUUACUUCUCUCACUGUCUGUCUUCCUCUCCCUUUCUCUGGCUCUGUCUCUUUCUCUCUCUCUCUUUCUAUGUGUGUGCGUCUCUCUCAAUACUGCUGUUACAAUCCUCAAUAAAAUAAAUGACUCUUAAAGCUGUAGGCCUGAGGUGCCAUGGCCGCUCCAGAUAGCUUGACCUAGUUCUGCUUGUGUUCCUGACAUUUUAAUGUCUCUCAGUGCUCUGGGUUACUGACAUGAGAGAACAAGUAAAUACAUGCUGUACUAGAGAGAGAAGGAGAAACAAAAGGACAUGGAGAGGGAGAGAGGGGGAGAGAGAGAGGGAGAGAGAGAGAGAGGGAGAGACAAGGAGUGAGAGAGAGAGACAAGGAGAGAUAGAGACAGGGAGAGAGAGGGAGAGAGAGAGGGAGGGAGAGGGAGAGAGAGGGAGAGAGAGAGGGAGAGACAAGGAGUGAGAGAGAGAGACCAAGGGAGAGAGAGAGACCAAGGAGAGAGAGAGAGACAAGGAGAGAGAGAGAGACACAAGGAGAGAGAGAGACACAAGGAGAGAGAGAGAGACACGGAUAGAGAGAGAGAGAGAGAGAGAGAGAGACAAGGAGCGAGAGAGAGAUUAUUUUAUUACAAUGUAUAUUGUAUACAUUGUUGCUUUGGCAAUAUUGACGCUUUUCAUGCUAAUAAAGCAGCUUGAAUUUGAAUUUGAAUUUGAGAGAGAGAGACAUUUCAAACCUCUUUAUUCUUUUGGAACGUUUGUGUGUAAUGUUUCAUGUUAAUUUGUGAUAGUUUAUUGCACUUGCUUUGGCAAUGUAAACAUAUGUUUCCCAUGCCAAUACAGCCCCUUUGAAUUGAAUUGAAAAUUGAGAGAGAGAGUGUCUGUCUACCUGCCUGGACACAAGACUUACUCCCUCUACACCAGCGUGUCCCAAACUCGGUCCUAGGGACCCCAAGGGGUGCACGUUUUAGUAUUUGCCCUAACACUACACAGCUGAUUCAAAUUAUCAAAGCAUCUGUGUAGUGCUAGGGCAAAAACCAAUACGUGCACCACUUGGGGUCCUGAAGACCGAGUUUGGGAAACCCUGAUCUACACCUCUCUAUUUCACCUCUCCCCACUCCCCAUCUCUCCUACUUCCUUCAUUAUUUAUAUGGUCCUCCACUCCCACCCAGAGCUGUAACUCAGAGAGGAGAAGCUCUAUGUACCAUAAACUGUCUAGUCCUGUAGUAAAAGAGACUGUGAUUAGAGGGUUAGGCUGGAGGUCCAGGGCCAAUGGGAGGUCAAGGGUGAGGGGUCAGAGGGAGUGAAAGUAUUCAGAGUUACAAAGACAUGAAAUUACAACUUGAACCAUAGAGUGAUACUCCUCAAUAACCAACAUGAAACUUGUAAAAACUCUCCCUCACACACACUCUCCCCAGGUGCUGCAGAACAUUCUAGAAACAGAGACAGAAUAUUCCAAGGACCUCCAGAGCCUUCUGACCAACUACCUGCGAUCACUCCAGAGCACAGAGAAGUAAGAUCCACUUGUUGUACUGUUGUAAACCUCCCUCCCUCUGUCUCUGUCUGUCUGUCUGUCUGUCUGUCUGUCUGUCUGUCUGUCUGUCUGUCUGUCUGUCUGUCUGUCUGUUGUACUGUCUGUAUGAUGACAUACUGUAUGGCCACUGAUUGGAUUGGAUCUGCUGGACUCAUUCCAAAACUCAUGCUCUCUCCUCUCUCUUUCUCUCUCCUCUCUCUUUCUCUCUCUUUCUCUUUCUCUCUCUCUCUUUCUCUCUCUCUUUCUCUCUCCCUCCCCCUCUUCCCUCUCCUCCUCCUUCUCCACCUCUCCUUCUCUUCUCCUCUCCCCCCUCUCCUCCUCCUCCUCCUCCUCCUCCACCUCUCCUUCUCUUCUCCUCUCCCCCCUCUUCCUCCUCCUCCUCCUCCUCCUCCUCCUCCUCCUCCUCCUCCUCCACCUCUCCUUCUCUUCUCCUCUCCCCCCUCUCCUCCUCCUCAUCCUCCUCCAUCUCUCCUUCUCUUCUCCUCUCCCCCUCUCCUCCUCCUCCUCCUCCUCCUCCACCUCUCCUUCUCUUCUCCUCUCCCCGCUCUCCUCCCUCCUCUCCUCUUCUCCUCCCUCUCUCCAGACUGAGCAGUACAGAUGUGUAUGUGAUCCUGGGGAACCUGGAGGAGAUCAGCACCUUCCAGCAGAUGCUCGUCCAAUCACUGGAGGAGUGCACCAAGUAAGUCCGGCCCCUCACAGACUUUCCACCAAUCAGCACACAGGGAUCAGAGAAAGGGCUUGUCACUGCUGUUCUAAUCCAAUCAGAUCUGUCCUGCUGCUACUUGCGAUAUUUUACAGCAGUUUUCCUUCGAGGUAAAUAAAGGGUAUAGGAACAUCUAGUGGUUGGCUGUGGUAAUACAGCAAUCCUUGAUUUCACUCAGCUUGUGUGUGUUUUUUUCCCAACAUGUGCAGACUUCCAGAGAGCCAGCAGAGGGUAGGGGGCUUUUUCAUGAACCUGAUGCCCCAGAUGAAGGCUCUCUACGUGGGUUACUGCUCCAACCACCCCUCGGCAGUCAACGUGCUCACCCAGCACAGGUAAAUCUAGACCCUAUGCAGCAUGAAACUGAUGUUCUAACAUUCUUACUGUACAACAAUGAUUUAUUUUUACACAGGCAGGUAGUGUAAAGGCUACAAUUAGACUUGACAAUUGAAUACCCCUCUCUCUCUCCUUGUCUCUCUCUCUCUCUCUCUCUCUCUCUCUCUCUCUCUCUCUCUCUCUCUCUCUCUCUCUCUCCCUCCCUCCCCAGUGAGGAGCUGGGGGAGUUUAUGGAGGGGAAGGGAGCCAGUAGUCCAGGUAUCCUGACCCUGACCACAGGCCUCAGUAAACCCUUCAUGAGGCUGGACAAAUACCCCACUCUACUGAAGGAACUGGAGAGACACAUGGAGGUAGGGCUGUGUGUGUGUGUCACGUAUAGGUGUGUUUACUCUAAGAUGUUGGUGUGCGAUUGUUUGUGUGUGUGUGUUUGUGUGUGUCAUGUGCAGGUAUGUGUGUAAGAGUGUCCUCAUUCACUGAUGAUGGAUGUGUGUGUGUGUACAGCUGUAUAACUGCUCUCUGCUGUGCUCCCUGUAGGAGAGUCACCCCGACUGGCCAGACAUCCAGAAGUGUAUGACAACAUUCAAGAGCCUCUCGGUGAGUCACACCAAUACACAUAUCGCCUCUUGUUUCCAUAGUUACCUCAUUAGCAGCGCAUGGUGUGCGUCAAGCUGUGACGUGUGAGUCAUGAGUCGACAUGUUAUGGUACACUUGAAUGAUAUGAGCAUGCAUCACUUGUGCACACAUAAUCAUUAAGUCAUUAUAAACACUACAUGACCAACAGUAUGUGGACACCUGCUUGUCAAACAUCUCAUUCCAAAAUCAUGGGCAUAAAUAUAGAGUUGGUCCCCCCCCUUUGCUGCUAUAACAGCCUCCACUCUUCUGGGAAGGCUUUCCACUAGAUGUUGGAACAUUGCUGCUGGGACUUGCUUCUGUUCAGCCACGAGCGUUAGUGAGGUUGGGCACUGAUGUUGGGCGAUUAGGCCUGGCUCGCUGUCAGCAUUCUAAUUCAUCCUGAAACAUGACAAUGUUUGAGCAAAGAAACUCAAAAGGGGUGAUGAUAUUAAUUAACAGUAAUUUUGAUCCGAAUGUGCAAAUUGUCCAAACAGCUCCGCAAGGUAGAUGGAUGAUUUUAAAUAUGUUAUUGGACCAUAAACAGAUAUGGCUCAUUAACCUUUACGGACCAAAUAAUGAUGAUCCACGCUUCUUUGACAAUAUAUAUAAUAAAUUAUCAACCCUGCAAGCAAUACAAUACUAUUAUUAUGGUGGGAGAUUAUAAUACUGUUUUAAAUAUCUGAAUGGACCGUAAAGGAAAUCACACUACAAACUGUCAUGGAUACAUUAGAACUAGUGGAUAUAUGGAGGCUUAAAUAUCCUGACCUAGUGAGAUAUACAUGGUGGAGACUCAAUCAAGCUAGUCGUCUUGACUUCUUUCUUAUGUCAUUCUCGUUGGCACCAAAAGUUUAAAAAGUGUUGAUAGGGGACAGAAUGCAGUCGGACCAUCAUAUAAUUAACAUAUACAUUACUCUUACUGAAUUUCCACCUGGGCGAGGAUAUUGGAAAUUUAAUCAAAGCCUAUUGGAUGAUAACUUGUUUUUAACUAGGACAGAGGAAUUUAUAACUGAACACCUGUCCACAACCUCAAACAGUCACACUCCAAACUCCACUAUGGCCAAGACCAAAGAGCUGUCAAAGGACACCAGAAACAAAAUUGUAGACCUGCACCAGGCUGGGAAGACUGAAUCUGCAAUAGGUAAGCAGCUUGGUUUGAAGAAAUCAACUGUGGGAGCAAUUAUUAGGAAAUGGAAGACAUACAAGACCACUGAUAAUCUCCCUCGAUCUGGGGCUCCACGCAAGAUCUCACCCCGUGGGGUCAAAAUGAUCACAAGAACGGUGAGCAAAAAUCCCAGAACCACACAGGGGGACCUAGUGAAUGACCUGCAGAGAGCUGGGACCAAAGUAACAAAGCCUACCAUCAGUAACACACUACGCCGCCAGGGACUCAAAUCCUGCAGUGCCAGACAUGUCCCCCUGCUUAAGCCAGUACAUGUCCAGCCCCGUCUGAAGUUUGCUAGAGUGCAUUUGGAUGAUCCAGAAGAGGAUUGGGAGAAUGUCAUAUGGUCAGAUGAAAACAAAAUAUAACUUUUUGGUAAAAACUCAACUCGUCGUGUUUGGAGGACAAAGAAUGCUGAGUUGCAUCCAAAGAACACCAUACCUACUGUGAAGCAUGGGGGUGGAAACAUCAUGCUUUGGGGCUGUUUUUCUGCAAAGGGACCAGGACGACUGAUCCGUGUAAAGGAAAGAAUGAAUGGGGCCAUGUAUCGUGAGAUUUUGAGUGAAAACCUCCUUCCAUCAGCAAGGGCAUUGAAGAUGAAACGUGGCUGGGUCUUUCAGCAUGACAAUGAUCCCAAACACACCGCCCGGGCAACGAAGGAGUGGCUUCGUAAGAAGCAUUUCAAGGUCCUGGAGUGGCCUAGCCAGUCUCCAGAUCUCAACCCCAUAGAAAAUCUUUGGAGGGAGUUGAAAGUCCGUGUUGCCCAGCGACAGCCCCAAAACAUCACUGCUCUAGAGGAGAUCUGCAUGGAGGAAUGGGCCAAAAUACCAGCAACAGUGUGUGAAAACCUUGUGAAGACUUACAGAAAACGUUUGACCUGUGUCAUUGCCAACAAAGGGUAUAUAACAAAGUAUUGAGAAACUUUUGUUAUUGACCAAAUACUUAUUUUCCACCAUAAUUUGCAAAUAAAUUCAUAAAAAAUCCUACAAUGUGAUUUUCUGGAUUUCUUUUCUCAUGUUGUCUGUCAUAGUUGACGUGUACCUAUGGUGAAAAUUACAGGCCUCUCUCAUCUUUUUAAGUGGGAGAACUUGCACAAUUGAUGGCUGACUAAAUACUUUUUUCCCCCACUGUAUGUCAAAAGAGUCCAUACUAACAAAGGAAAUAGAAGGUCUAACAGAACAGAUAGAUAGCAAUAAAAACUAUAACAUAGAUGCUCAGAAUAAAUUAGAGGAAAAACAAAAAGAAAUGGAGAAACUUAGUCAAGAAAGAUCAAGUGUAAUAUAUUAUAAAAAUAAAGCAAACUGGAUGGAAUAUGGGGAAAAUGCACCAAAUUAUUUUUUAAUCUUCAACAUAGAAAUGCUACCAAAAAUAAUUUAAUUUAACUGAAGCUAAUUGUAGGGAUUUUUUUCUAUUGAUAAUGUAAAAUUAGCAGCCAUACAGAAAGACUCAUGUGAAGGUGAAAUUACAGAGGAGGAACUUCUGGAUGCAAUUAAAGACUUUAAGUCUGGGAAAACUCCAGGGUUGGAUGGCCAGUUGAGGUAUACCAAACCUUUUUUGAUAUACUCAGAGGACCGUUGUUAGCAUGUUUUAACCACUCCUAUGUAAAUGGUAGAUUAUCAGACACUCAAGAAGAAGGUCUGAUUUCAUUAUUACUGAAACAGGAUACAAGUGGGAAAUAUAAAGAUCCAGUCCAUUAAAACAUUUUUGAGGCCCCUUACACUUCAGUGUGAUGCAAAAAUUCUAGAAUAUAAUUAAAAAGGUAUUGUCGUACAUUAUUCAUUCUAAUCAGACAGGUUUUUUACAUGGACGAUACAUUGGAGAUAAUAUAUGGCAGGUACUGGAAACAAUAGAACACUAUGAAAAAUCUGGGAAACCAGGCCUGCUAUUCAUAGCUGACUUUGAAAAGGCAUUCGAUAAAGUACGACUGGAGUUUAUAUAUAAAUGCCUGGAGCCUUUCAAUUUAGGAGAAUCUGUUAUAAAAUGGGUUAAAAUCAUGUAUAGUAACCCUAGGUGUAAAAUAGUAAAUAAUGGCUAUUUCUCAGAAAGUUUUAAACCGUCAAGAGGAGUAAAAUAAGGUUAUCCAGUAUUGGCAUAUCUAUUUAUUAUGGCCAUCGAAAUGUUAGCUAUUAAAAUCAGAUCCAACAAUAAUAUCAAGGGAUUAGAAAUCCAGGGCUUAAAAACAAAGGUGUCAUUGUACACUGAUGAUUCAUGUUUUCUUUUAAAUCCUCAACUUGAAUCCCUCCACAGCCUCAUAGAGGAUCUAGAUACAUUUUCUAACCUCUCUGGAUUACAACCAAAUUAUGAUAAAUGUUAUUACGUAUUGGAUCACUAAAAAAUAAAAAUGUUACAUUACCGUGUAGUUUACCAAUAAAAUGGUCUGAUGGUGAUGUGGAUAUACUCGGAAUACAUAUCCCAAAUGAAAUAAAUGAUCUCACUCCAAUACAUUUUAAUAGAAAGUUAGCAAAGAUAUAGAUAAGAUCUUGCUACCAUGGAAAGGUAAAUACCUGUCUAUUUGUGGAAAAAUUACCCUGAUUACCUCUUUAGUAUUAUCCCAGUUUACCUAUUUGCUUAUGGUAUUGCCUAGUGAACAGUUUUUAAAAUUAUAUGAGAAUAAAAUAUAAAAUUUUAUUUGGAACGGCAAGCCAGACAAAAUUAAAUGGGCCUAUUUAUACAAUCAAUAUGAAUUCGGAGGACAGAAAUUAUUAAAUAUUAAAGCAUUAGACCUAUCACUAAAAGCUUCAGUCAUACAAAAGUUAUACUUAAAUCCGAACUGGUUCUCUAGCAAAUUAGUAAGAUUGUCUCACCCCAUGUUCAAGAAUGGCCUUUUUCCCUGUAUUCAGAUUACAACCUCUCACUUUCAGUUAUUUGAAAAGGAAAUCAUCUCCCAAAUAUCACUAUUUCUAAAACAAGCCAUAGAAAGUUGGUUGCAAUUUGAAUUUUAUCCGCCAGAAACGGCAGAACAAAUAAUGCAACAAAUAUUGUGGUUAUACUCAAAUAUACUAAUUGAUAAAAAACCAUUAUCUUUUGAAAAAAUGUUUUUAAAUGAUAUUAUCUUCAUAAAUUAUAUCACAGGUAGGACUGGUGGAGUUAUUUCGCACAUGCAGCUAACAAAAACAAAAAUGGAAGAGGAAAGUGGAAGGGGGAAAAAGUAAGGAACUUGUCUGUCAGCCCUGCAUUAAAGACCAUAAUUGGUUAAAGAAAAUUGUGAUAAAUAAAAAAGUAUACCAGUUUCAUUUAAGGACCAAAGGAUUGACAGCCGUCCCAUAUAGAUUGCAAAAUAGUUGGGAAGAGAUUUCUGACGUACCGAUUCCAUGUCAAAUUGUUUAUGAACUGAUAUGCAAAACGACGCCGCAUUCAAAACUACAAAUUUUUCUAUUUAAAUUAUUAUACAAAAUUCUUGCUACCAAUUGAAUGUUUUAUUUUUAUUGUAUUUUAUUUUAUUUAACCUUUAUUUAACCAGGUAAGCCAGUUGAGAACAAGUUCUCAUUUACAACUGCGACCUGGCCAAGAUAAAGCAAAGCAGUGCGAUAAAAACAACAACACAGAGUUACAUAUGGGGUAAAACAAAACAUAAAGUCAAAAAUACAACAGAAAAUAUAUAUACAGUCUGUGCAAAUGUAGCAAGUUAUGGAGGUAAUGUAAUAAAUAGGCUAUAGUGCAAAAUAAUUACAAUUAGUAUUAACACUGGAAUGAUAGAUGUGCAAGAGAUGAUGUGCAAAUAGCGAUACUGGGGUGCAAAUGAGCUAAAUAUAUAACAAUAUGGGGAUGAGGUAGUUGGGUGGGCUAAUUUCAGAUGGGCUGUGUACAGGUGCAGUGAUCAGUAAGGUGCUCUGACAACUGAUGCUUAAAGUUAUUUAUUUAUAUGGGGGAUACAAUCUUCCCAGCUCUGCAGAUUUUGCUGCGAAGAGACAGAAUCAUGAGAUCAUUUGUUUUGGUACUGUUUUCAUUUGUUUUGUAGCUUGUUUUUGGUCACAGGUCCAGGAAUGGCUGAAGGAUUGCAAUAUUUACCUGGAGCUAACCCUGCAGAUAGCAGUACUGGGUGAUCUGAAAAGUAAUAGUCAAUCAAUCAAUAAUAUAAUAAUAAUACUUUUAGCAAAAAUGAUUAUUUUCAAUUUACAAUCUGUAGAAACAAUGAGAAUAGAAGGGUUCAGAACUUUUGUGAAACAUCACAGUACAGUUGAAAAAUAUAUGACAAAUAGAAAUCCAAUAUGGAUGGUGUUAAGAGGGUUGAAUGGAGCUGAAGGAUGGGACUAAUAACAACUAACAACAACUAAUAACAACAAGAUAACUAAUGUAAAGCAUACUGUGUCCAUAAUAAGUAUAUAGGUUAUAGGUUGAGAGCUUUUGUGAAAGAGCACAGUUAGAAAGAUAUGGCAUAUAGAAGCAAACCGGAUGGACAUCAUGAAAAUGAUCGGAGAGGUUGAGGGUAGAGGAAGUUCUGUAGUAAAAACAAACAAAAUAUAAUUAUUGUAAAAUUGACUGUGUCCAUAAAAUGUAUAUAGUAUGUAUAAGCUGGAAGUAGAGGCCUAAGCGUUGUUGUUCACUAGUUUACUCCAAUUAGGGGAGGGGUGGUGGGGUUGGAAAGUAAUAAAGGGAAAUAUAUUUUUUAAAAGGAUAUGUGUAAGGGUUGGUGUGAGGUGUGACCCUGGUGCGGUGCAGGUUAGACAGUAGGCAGUCGGCAGAGAUGGUGAAACAAGGAACUUUACUGAUGGUCCCGAAGCCAGGAUACAAAAUAACGGACUUUACAUGAAAAAGGUGGAGCAAAUAAGACUCCAAAAAACAGGCAGACAGCCAAAAAUACGAAAUACUAACUAUGACUGAAAUAAUGAAUAAACAGGGAGAACACUUCUCACGUACCUGUCCAUACGUCCCGCGAUCAGACACUGAUUAGUACUGCUUGGCAUAGUGAAACUAGCAGAGAAAACUGAGCAAGGGAACACAGGGAAGUGAGGGCAUAAAUACACAGGUGCCUAAGGUUGUCGGAGGAUGACACCUAGUGGGUUGCUCCGGAACUGCGAUCCACUCCUGUAACAGAUAUGUAUAUAUAUGUAUGUAUGUGUAGAUGUAUGUGUAUGUAUAUACACAUACAUAUAUGUAUAUAUACACAUACUGUACAUAUACCAUUAUUUAUCCUCCACCAAACUUUACAUUUGGCACUAUGCAUUCGGGCAGGUAGCGUUCUCCUUGCUUCUGCCAAACCCAGAUUUGUCCGUCGGACUGGCAGAUGGUGAAGCGUGAUUCAUCACUCCAGAGAACAUGUUUCCACUGCUUCAGAGUCCAAUGGCGGCGAGCUUUACAUCACUCCAGGCGAUGCUUGGCAUUGUGCAUGGUGAUCUUAGGCUUGUGUGCGCCUGCUUGGCCAUGGAAACCUAUUUAAUGAAGCUCCCGACCAACAGUUAUUGUGAUGACGUUGCUUCCAGAGGCAGUUUGGAACUCGGUAGUGAGUGUUGCAACUGAGGACAGAUGAUUUUUACGCGCUACACACUUCAGCACUCGGCGGUCCCGUUCUGUGAGCUUGUGUGGCCUACCACUUCGCAGCUGAGCCGUUGUUGCUCCUAGACGCUUCCACUUCACAAUAACAGCACUUACAGUUGACUGGGGAAGCUCUAGCAGGGCAGAAAUUUGACGAACUGACUUGUUGGAAAGGUGGCAUCCUAUUGACGGUGCCACGUUGAAAGUCACUGAGCUCUUCAGUAAGGCCAUUCUACUGCCAAUGUUUGUCUAUGGAGAUUGCAUGGCUGUGUGCUCAAUUUUAUACACCUGCCAGCAACAGGGGUUGCUGAAAUAGCCAAAUCCACUAAUUUGAAGGGGUGUCCCCAUACUUUUGUAUAUAUAGUGUAUCUAUGGACACACAAUUUUACAUUGUUUCUGUGGUAAUAAAAGUCUGUGGUGCUGAUGGUAUUUCCGUGGCGACAGGUCCAGUGCCAGGAGGUGAGGAAGAGGAAGGAGCUGGAGCUGCAGAUUGUGACUGAGUCCAUCAGGCUGUGGGAGGGAGACGACAUUAGAACACUGGGCUCUGUCCUCUACAUGAGUCAGGCUCUGGUUAACAGCCCUGGAGCAGAGGUCAGAGGAAAACCUUAGAACAACCUCACAAUAACAUUAUAAUAACUGAUGUACAUGAGUAAAAUACUAUUAACACACUGUCUCUCUGUCUCUCUCUCUCGCUCUCUCUCCAUCUCGCUCUCUCUCUAGGAGAAGUGUGAGCGCUACCUCAUGCUCUUCCCUCAUGUCCUCCUCAUGCUGUCUGCCAGUCCAAGGAUGAGUGGCUUCAUAUUCCAGGUAUAACCCCUGACCCCUUAGUCUACUAUACCAGAGUCAUAUUGAUUUGGUGCCAAAUGGAAGAAAAUGGACUGAAAGAGCGAGGGACUACAUGAACAUGCUCAUUUUAUUUUUCAGUGUCAAAAUGUUUUCUACGGUGUUCCCUAAUGAAUAAGACCCAGUUGUGAUUAACCACUGUGUUUAGUGUGGGUUCAGAUGUUGAUGAUGGUUUCUUGUCUACAGGGGAAGCUGCCAUUGACUGGUAUGACUGUGACCACGGUAGAGGACAGUGAGGCCCACAAAUACUCCUUUGAGCUUUCUGGUAAGACUACUGUGGUUUAUUCAGAACGUACAUGUGUCCCGAGUGGCACAGUGGUCUAAGGCACUGCAUUGCAGUGCUAGCUGUGCCACUAGAGAUCCUGGUUAGAAUCCAGGCUCUGUCGUAGCCGGCCGCGACCGGGAGACCCAUGGGGCGGCGCACAAUUGGCCCAGCGUCGUCCAGGGUAGGGGAGGGAUUGGCCAGCAGGGAUGUAGCCCACGGGGGGCCAGUAUGAAAAAUAUAAAAAUAAUGUAUGCACUCACUAACUGUAAGUCGCUCUGGAUAAGAGCGUCUGCUAAAUGACUAAAAUGUAAAUGUGUAUAAUGUGUGUAUUGUGUCCUCCAGGCAGUCUAUUUGAGCGUCUCCAGGUUGUGUGUAACAAUCAGCAGGACCUGCAGGACUGGGUAGACCACCUGACCCGUCAGACCAAACACACCACUCCCCCAAGCCACAAACCCCUCACUGUCCCCUGCCACACGGUCAGUAACACACAUAUGCAUUGUACAUAAGCACACACACACACGCUCACACAGACAAACUAAGCUAUAUGGGAAAACACUGUACAGUGCAUUCGGAAAGUAUUCAGACCCUUUUACUUUUUCCACAUUUUGUUACGUCACAUCCUUAUUCCAAAAUGGAUUCAAUAAAAAAUGUUCCUCAUCAAUCGACACACAAAACGAAAACAAGUUUUUAGAAAUGUUUGCAAAUUUAUGAAAAAUAACCAACAGAAAUUCCUUAUUUACAUAAGUAUUCAGACCCUUUGCUAUGAGACUCAAAAUUGAGCUCAGGUGCAUCCUGUAUCCAUUGAUCAUCCUUGAGAUGUUUCUACAACUUGAUUGGAGUCCACCUAUGGUAAAUUCAAUUGAUUGGACAUGAUUUGGAAAGGCACACACCUGUCUAUAUAAGGUCCCACAGAUGACAGUGCAUGUCAGAGGAAGAACCACGCCAUGAGGUCGAAGGAAUUGUCCGUAGAGCUCCGAGACAAGAUUGUGUCGAGGCACAGAUCUGGGGAAGGGUACCAAAACAAGUCUGCAGCAUUGAAGGUCCCCAAGAACACAGUGGCCUCCCCAACAACACAAGACUCUUCCUAGAGCUGGCCGCCUGGCCAAACUGAGCAAUCGGGGGAGAAGGGCCUUUGUCAGAGAGGUGACUAAAAACCCGAUGGUCACUCUGACAGAGCUCCAGAGUUCCUCUGUGGAGAUGGGAGAACCUUCCAGAAGGACAACCAUCUUUGCACCACUCCACCCACAGGCCUUUAUGGUAGAGUGGCCAGACGGAAGCCAUUCCUCAGUAAAAGGCACAUGACAGCCCGCUUGGAGUUUGCCAAAAGGCACCUAAAGACUCUCAGACCAUGAGAAACAAGAUUCUCUGAUCUGAUGAAACCAAGAUUGAACUCUUUGGCCUGAAUGCCAAACAUCACAUCUGGAGGAAACCUGGCACCAUCCCUACGGUGAAGCAUGGUGGUGGCAGCAUCAGGUUUUUCAGCGGCAGGGACUGGGAGACUAGUCAGGAUGGAGGGAAAGAUAAAUGGAGCAAAAUGAUCCUUGAUGAAAACCUGUGCCAGAGCGCUAAGGACCUCAGACUGGGGUGAAGGUUCACCUUCCAACAGGACAACGACCCUAAGCACACAGCCAAGACAACGCAGGAGUGGCUUCGGGAUAAGUCUCUGAAUGUCCAGAGCACAGGCUUGAACCCGAUCAAACAUUUCUGGAGAGACCUGAAAAUAGCUGUGCAGCGACGCUCCCCAUCCAACCUAACAAAGCUUGAGAGAAUCUGCAGAGACUAAUGGGAGAAACUCCCCAAAUACAGGUGUGCCAAGCUUGUAGCGUCAUACCCAAGAAGACUUGAGUCUGUAAUCGCUGCCAAAGGUGCUUCAACAGAGAACUGAGUAAAGGGUCUGAAUACUUAUGUAAAGGUGAUAUUUCAGUUUUUUAUUUUUAAUACAUUUGCAAAAAUGUCAAGAAACCUGCUUUUGCUUCGUCAUUAUGGGGUAUUGUGUGUAGAUUGAUGAGGGAAAAAAACAAUUUAAUCCAUUUUAGAAUAAGGCUGUAACGUAACAAAGUGGAAAAAGUCAAGGGGUCUGAAUACUUUCCGAAUGCACUGUAAAUGUAACAAUUACAACUAAUCUCUGUCUCUCCCUUCCCUCUCCCCCCCUCACCUCUCGCUUGCUCUUCCCCACUCCUUUCCUCUCUCCCCCCUCCAUCCCCCCUCUCUCUCCUUCUCCUCCCUCUCUCUCCCCCUCCCUCUCUCUCCCUCCCUCCAUCAGUUGCCCUCCCACCCUCUGACUCCGUCCCGUCACGCGGAGGGCCGAGCGAUGACGGUGGCCCCUGCCUACCACACCCUGCCCCACCCUUCCUCCCACGGGGCCCCACACAGCAGCAUGAUGUGGGGGCCCCUGGAACCCCCCAACACCCCCAAGCCCUGGAGCCUCAGCUGCCUGCGCCCCGCACCCCCUCUCAGGCCCUCUGCUGCACUCUCCUACAAGGAGGUGAGGAAGAGUGUGUGUGGAUGGGGAGGGAGGAUGUGUGUGUGUGUGAUGGCAUUGAUAGCAAUUGUGUUAUGUGUAUGGUGAGGUUGGGUGUCAUUGCUUAUUUGUGUCAUUCAUUCCUGUCCCUCACUCGCUGUUACCCUUUCUCCUUGCCCUCUCUCUCUCUCUCUCUCUCUCUCUCUCUCUCUCCCCUCUCUCUCUCUCUCUCUCUCUCUCCCCCCUCUCUCUCUCUCUCUCUCUCUGCUCUCUGUCUCCAGGACCUCAAUAAAAGUCCUAAGAGUGUGAAGAAGCUUCUUCCUAAACGUAAACCAGAGAGAAAACAGUCAGACGAGGAGUUUGCCCUGAGGAAGAGUAAGUUUGCUCUGUGUGUGUACGUGUGAGUGUGUGUGUUCUAACCCCCUGCUCUCCUCUCGUCCCCAGGUACAGCUGCUCUAGAGGAAGAUGCUCAGAUCCUAAAGGUGAUCGAAGCUUACUGUACCAGCGCCAAGACCAGACAGACCCUCAACUCGAGUAAGAACACGCACACACACUCACACACUCAUCGUUACUGUCAGGUCUUGUUGUCUCUUGUCAUUCUUGGAUCACAGUAGUCCAAUGCUAUCCUUAACCCUGCUAUUAGUACUUACUUCUCUUUCUAACAGUUUCUUUCUCUUUUCUGUCUGUCUCUCUCUUCACUCCUCACCGCUCCUUCAAUCUUCCGUUGACGUUCGUUCCUCGUUUUAUUUUAAUUUUACCAUUUGUUUGUUGGGUUUGUUUGUUCCCCUCACUACCAUUGUAUUACGUCUUAUUGUUAUGAUUUCUUCCAUCGCUCAUCCCUCUCCAUUCACCUCUCAUUGAUUAUGGUUUGCCCUCGUCAUCAACAUUGCGCCACCUACCCCCCCACCCCCCCCCCCCCACCCCCACCCCCACCAUCAGCCUGGCAGGGCACUGACCUGAUGCACAACCACGUGCUGGGGGACUUGGACCGGUCCUGUGUGGACUCUCCAGGCCGCCGUAGCAGCGUGUCACGGCCUGACGUGACUGGCUCAGACCUGUCGGAAGACUCUGACUACGACUCUGUGUGGACGGCCCACAGUUACAGGAUGGGCUCAGUGUCGCGUAAGAGCUGCAUCUCUCACCAGAACUAAACCCCCAAAACUACCGUGGUCGUACCGUACCAUACCGUACCGUGCUAAACAACACAGUACAGCGCGCUUACCUCUUAACCUGUGGUCUACAAGAAAACAAAACGAUUUUUAAGGGUUUUAUUUAUUUAUUUUAUUUAUUUUAAUUAUUUA